AUGAAAAUGAUCUCAGUAAACAGAUUCAUCUUAUUUAUGUUGGCUACAUGCUUGUUUUUAACCUCAAAAACCAUUUGCCUUGAUGAAUCGUUAAUGACCAACUUUCAGACCAAACAAGAAUACAGUGAUGACAACUACUCUGAGUCGGGUGAAGACAUUACAGAAGAAAAGCAGAGAAGUAUGAACCUUGAAGAACUGAAAGACUGAGAGCUAAAGAACAUCAUUAAGAUGACUACGCCAGCUGUGAAGAAGGUGCCCCAUUCAGUUGCUAACUUGCCGCUGAGGUUUGGCAGAAACUUUCAAGAGGAAAGAAGUAUCAAACCUGCAGCCAACCUGCCGCUCAGAUUUGGAAGGGCAUCUUCAGGAAGCUUUCGGAGGCACACCCUUCCUUACUCACGCAGGUUCGAGAGAGUUCCUUUUGUUCAAAGCCCCUUCCAUACUCUUGCCAACUUGCCACAAAGAUUUGGGUGAUCUCUCUUCGGCCUUCCUCAAGAGGCCCAAGAUUCUGAUCGAGACAAAAAUAAGUAA